AUGAAGUUCACCACCAUCAUCGCUACCAUCCUCUCCAUGGCUGCUUUCACUAUUGCCGCGCCUGUCGCAAACGAUGAAGUUGCCCGCGCCAACCACGGCGUUUGCUUCAAGAGCACGGAAGGCCAGAUGGAGGCUAUUCCCAACUGCUAG